UUUGAGAACCUUCUCUCAUAGAUUUUCGGUUUAACCGGUUGAACCAAACUCAGUAGCAGUGACCCAUAAACCAUUGUUCUGGCUCGAUAGUAACACUGCUUCAGUGCUGUGCCUCUCUUCCUGAGAGAACCACCGUAGUCCUUAGCUGUUGCUACGUUCCCAUCUUCACCUCGCCAUAGCAGGUAUGCUCCACCGUCUCUCCAUCCUCUCAACGAUUCGUUUGACCCAGUGCUUAGGUUCUGUUCUGGGGUUAAAACUCAAAACAGACUUGCGAAGCAAACUCGCCUCAAAUUCGGUUUCUGAAACCAGAACCAGUUUUUCGGUACUCUUGAAACAGUUGCACAAUGCAGUCAAACGAGGCACCUUCUUCAAUGGAAGUUGAAGCUGUCCCAUCUGAACCCAAGCUUUUACCACCAAAGCCAAAGUUUGAGCCUUUGAAACCUCAUGAGAUGUCUGAUGGUCAGGUUCAGUUCCGCAAGGUGUCUGUUCCGCCGCAUCGUUACACUCCUCUUAAGAAAGCUUGGAUGGAUCUCUACACCCCUGUCUAUGAACAGAUGAAAAUUGACAUCCGUAUGAAUUUGAAGGCUCGGAAAGUUGAGCUGAAGACAAGGCGUGAUACACCUGAUAUCAGUAACCUGCAGAAAUGUGCUGAUUUUGUCCAUGCUUUCAUGCUCGGUUUUGAUGUCAUAGACGCCAUUGCGCUUCUGCGUUUGGAUGAGCUCUAUAUCGAGUCCUUUGAGAUCAAGGAUGUUAAAACACUUCGAGGCGAUCACUUGUCCCGUGCUAUUGGAAGAUUGUCUGGUAAAGGUGGUAAAACGAAGUUCGCAAUUGAGAAUGCGUCCAAGACAAGAAUCGUGAUUGCUGACAGCAAAAUCCACAUUCUGGGAUCUUUUGCUAACAUUAAGAUUGCCAGGGAUUCUCUUUGUAGCCUAAUCCUGGGAUCACCAGCAGGAAAGGUGUACUCCAAACUAAGAGCAGUUACUUCUAGACUCGCAGAAAGAUUUUGAUCUUCUCCCCAAUCAUGGCACUUUAAGAACUUUUUUCUGGUUCCAUAGACUUUUAUAAUUUUUCUUUGAUAUCAAGCAUGAUUAGGAUGAGUUAUUGUAAGGAAGUUGCUUCAUUUCAUUCAAUUCAGCUUAUGUUAAGUUCAGAUCAAAAUUUUGAAUGUAACAGCAUCGCUGUGAAGUUUUGCCUAUGAAUACAUUAUUCUAAAGUGAAGUUAUUUGUGGA